AUGGGGAACCUGGGAUUCACCACGCCAUUCAACGAGAAUAUUAUGAGAGCGUUUACCCCUCGAAAGGUCAAGGUUCCCCCGAUUGACCAUUAUGACGGGACAACUGACCCCAUCGACCAUCUAGCCGCCUUCAAAGCACAAAUGAGCGUCCAGACCAGCAGUGAGGCCGCAUGGUGCAAGUUCUUUCCCACCACCCUGAAAGGCUUGGCUUUAACUUGGUUCACCGAGCUGCCUUACGGGAGUAUAUCGAGCUUCACCGCCCUCGAAACGGCGUUCAAGCAGAACUUCAUCGCGGGAAGGAGGCAUCGGAAAACCAGCAUUCAUCUCAUGUCGAUCAGACAGCGGAGGGAGGAGGACUUAGCAGAGUACAUCAAGAGGUUCAACGCGGAGUCCCUCAAGGUAUCUGACCUACAGGAUAGCGUGGCCUUCACCGCUCUUAUGUCAGGGCUAUACCCUUCGAGUAGGUUCAAGCUGAAACUGGCCGAGAGUGAAGCCUCCUCGUUCUCAGAAGCCAUGAACCUGGCCCAGAAAUUUAUACAAGCCUCCGAUAUCUGCAAAACUCAUGAGGAGCCAAGCUCCGGGAAAAGAAAGCAUGAAUACACCCCACGGGCAGACAAUCCCAGGGAUACCCCUCGAAAAGAAAAAGACAAGAAGCCUCGGUUGGAGAAUCAUUGGAACGACCCUCGAUACAACCUGAACCAAAGGGAAAUCUACCUAGACAUCAAAGGGAAGUACCCCUUGCCGAAGCCUCACCCAAUUCGAACAUCUGUCAAUAAGCGAGACAAGAAACUCUGGUGUGAAUUCCAUCACGAUUGUGGCCACACCACGAGAGAGUGCCGAGAGCUCAAAAGAGCCUUGGACAAAUUGGCUGACGAAGGAAAGCUGAAUCGAUAUCUCAAGGAUCCUAAGGAAAGCAAAGUCGAACCCUUGGCGGAGAAACAAGCUCGAAGCGACGAGACGGCAGGAUACAUCAAUGUCAUGCAGGUGGAUUUGCUUCAGGAGGCUUAA